AUGAAUCUUGAGCUCUGGCUCACCACAUUGAUCACAAUCUCACCACAGCAGGACGAUAUUAACACCCAACAGCUCAAGCCAGCGCAAAUUCUUGAAUUCAUGUCGACUGGGAAUGUUUGGGUUCGCCGUGGCCAUGGGAUGCACGUUGAGCUACUACUUACGUUGCGGGAAGAGCCUCUUCCGUACAGGCAGCUCCAAGAUCUGGUCGAAAAAAUCCUCCAGGCACCGGUGUGGGAGCAGUUGAUGCUACAGCCUUCACUUCCAAGCGACGUCGUGCUGGAGCCCGGAGUCAUACAUCUCAAUAUCAACCACGCUGCCGAUGGUGGACCGCAAGAAGAGCAGCGACGCCAUAGGAUCUUUUCAGAUGUACCAAAUUCAGACGUACGAUCACCGGAAGGGUUUCCAACCAUUUCUCUUUGUUCGGUUCGUUUUCGCAUGGACAUAGUUGAGGCCAAGCAACUACCGAGGGCAGCGAACAAGAAGUUGAAAGCGUCAGCAAGGAAGAGUGAAAACGUCCAACUAGAAGACAGGCCACAAGAUCAAGAAUUAGGAGGAGUGUUCGAUGUUAUCUCGGACGAGACAAGCCCAGCUACUACUAAGCUGCACACUACUUACACUCCUACUCUUGUAGAACUACCUAUGGAACGGAAGCGCAAAAAGUUGUCGAUGACAUCCAGCAUAAGAUCAAACUCGUCACCGACGCCUCGCUCAGAUUUUCAAGACGGCAUGGAACUAACGUCCGUUUCUAAUCGACAGCCUAAUACGCUUACAAUAAUCACUGCCUCUGAUCGAGGGAAACUUGAAAGUAUAAUCGAUGGAGCCUUACGGCUAUCCGUGUGUGGUAGCUUGACUAAUAGGUCGAAAUCUGGUCUUAAAAUUAAAGCAAGCACGUUUUCUCGAGGUCUGGCGGACGUUGCUCCUGCUUUGUGGAAACCAGGAUAUUUGCCCGCACUAUCACUAAGAGCUCAGAUGGUGCCCACCAUCAGUCGCUCUCUCAGUCGUGUGGCUUGCUCAAGGACUAUGCCCCUAUCGCUCAAGAACAAAUUGACUGAAUUGAUAACUGUUCCACACCAAUUUCCAUCCGAAAUCCUAACUCACCCAGAUCUUGUCGCGGAACAAAACAUUGGGCGACUUACCUCAUCUAUCGCUAGUCGGCUUUGGCAGCACCUACAGAAAAAUCUGGUGAGCAAGUCGGCGACGACACUACAAGGUUUUAUGACCUCAAGUUCAGGAACAACGGCUCACUCGGAGUCGGACGAUAUGUUGGAGGAAGUGCUACAGCAACAGAAGUAUCAGCAUAUACCUAGACCUUGCGCCGACGAAGAUGAAGACACCCAUUUGCUUGAUGGAGAGUCAAUGGUCCGCGAAGCCCCCUGGUCGUCCACAAAACUUGAGGGUAAUCUGCUGAGAAAGCGUACUGUUAAAAGUUCAACAAUCGAUCAUGACUCCGGAGAAACUGGAGACGAUCUACUGCUUGAUCCGGUGUCCCAGGAGAUCAAAACGACUGUUAACCUCUUCAGCAAAAUCGAGUCUCGCUCUUUACACUCUGGCUCAAGCGAUUCGCUUCCGAGUCAUGAUGUCUCUCCGAACAAGCUGCCCAUACAAGCUCUUCAGUAUAGCCUCGACUCGAAUUGGACUACGAAACAGCCAUUUGACCGCUCCUAGCCUCCGUCCUUUUCCGUUUCUCGCCAAGAACGAACAGCCGCAAGAUGAUUUAUUGUUUGGCGAAUAUGGGGCGCCUUAUCAGGAGUGGCGCAAGUUUGCUAGUGGUGCCAGUUACACUCACUUG